ACUAUGUUUGGUUGCACCAGCAACUCUACUCUCCGGUCUGUGGGAUCUGACUUUGUGGUUGUAUUAUCUAGUGGAAACCCUCUUCUACUGCCUGCCUUGUUGCAUGCCUUAUGAGAAAGCGAACACAAACGGCCACUGAAAACAAGUUAUGUGUUAAUAAAACCAGUUUAUCGUCCCCUAAAACAAGCUAGAAUGAUCCAAUCUAUAGCUAGCUCACAAAACUUCUAAUGUUAGCUUUAGAGUAGCCUAGCUAGCUUGAUAGCUGCCUAGCUAAUUUUAGCUAGCUAGGUUUAUGCAAUCACGCAGCAAGCAACUAACGAGAAAUGUCUACCAACAUCUCUGUGGACCCGGUGGAUUUAAACACCUCUGACACCAACCAGAUGUGUGACGUCUUUGUCUACCAGAGAGCUGCCUUGAUCAUCUUCCCAAUCUUCUACUCUCUGGUGUUCCUCAUCAGUGUCUGUGGCAACUGCCUUGUCCUGUAUGUGACCUGUCAGAAGAAGCAGAAGUUCAACUCCACGUCUCUUUACCUGGUCAACUUGGCUGUGUCUGAUGCAUUGUUCACAUUGGCACUGCCAGGGAGAGUCACUUACUACAUCAGACAGUUUGACUGGCCCUUUGGGGAUUUGCUCUGCAGGCUGGCUACUAUGUUGUUCUUUUCAAACACAUACUCAGGAAUUGCCUUCAUGACAUGUAUCAGUCUAGACCGGUACCUGGCCAUGGUCCACCCCCACCGGCUACAGUACCUGCGGAGUGUCAAAGUGGUGCGAGCGGUCUGCUGCCUCGUCUGGCUACUGGUGUGUCUGGAAACCGCCCCCCUGCUCUUCCGUACCAUGCUCCAUGACCACAGAGGCCGACGAACCUGCAUGGAGUACUUCACCUUUGAGGGUACUCGCUCCACCCCUUAUCUUCUCUUCCUGGCCUGUACGGUUUCCUUCUGUCUCCCCCUACUGGUCAUCAUUGUGUGUUACACCCGGAUUAAUCUCAAACUGAGUCGCACGGCCAAACAGAACCCACUGACGGGCCGCUUGGGUCGUAGCCAAAGAGCCAACAAUAUCAUCCUCCUCAUCCUCCUCACCUUCAUCCUGUGCUUCAGCCCCUACCACCUCAACAUCAUGCAGUUCAUGCUGAGGAAGAUGCUGGGCCAGCCCAAGUGUGACGAGAUGCGGGCAUUCAAGGCUUCCCUACAGGUGACUGUCUCCAUGAUGAACCUUAACUGUUGUCUGGACCCUGUCAUCUACUUCUUUGCCAUUAAGACGUACAAGCAGAGGGUGAUGAGUCUGUUCAAGGGCUACCUUUCUACCCCUGCUCCUUUCUCCAAAACCGCCACCGACAACAGUAGCAGCAACACCUAAACAUCAACACCAGUAGGAAGAGAUUGUGGUAGUUCUUUAUUAAACUAGAAAGAAGUUGAGGAAGCUAUUGAAGGUGAUUGCACCUAGUUGAUUUCUGCAUCUAGGGUUUGAUUUGAGGUGUUACAUUUGUGUAAGAAACUGAGAAUUUUGUUUUGCGAUAGUGAGCAAAGAAUUAUCAGGCUGUAACCAUGCUAGACCGUCUAAAACUUUGUUCACACUGCAGGCCUUAAUACUCAAAUCCAUUUAGUUUUUCAAAUCCAUUUUGGAAUACUGACUGUACAAACAGCAAGUUUGACUGUAGUCAAUUUUUCAAAAUUUUAUUUGACCUUUAUUUAACCAGGCAAGUCAGUUAAGAAAACAUUCUUAUUUUCAAUGACAGUUCAGGGGCAGAACGACAGAUUUGUACCUUGUCAGCUCGGGGGUUUGAACUCGCAACCUUCCGGUUACUAGUCCAACGCUCUAACCACUAGGCUACGCUGCCGCCCCUAAUUGCUUACAUUGUUACUCAAGUUGUCAUUGUAAUUGCGGGUGUGUGUCCAGUUGUUGUGUACUGGUAAUAAGUUAAGGUGACUGACAACAAUGCCUGCCAUGGAAGUCUCCCAGUUGCUUUGAAUGUUCAAAAUCAUAGCGUAAGAACACUUUUAAAGCCUCAAAGGAUAAGGUGAUCCAACUUUCAGAACUAGUCAUUUUUGGCUAGCCAAAGCAGUCAACAAGCUUGCUAGGUAGCUGUUUAGCUUGCUAGCACAAAUCACCAAUGUGUUCGUAAACAAUUAACAAGCUAGAUAGCUACCACAUGUUGUUGUCAAACUGUCAACUGAGAAGCCUGCAAACAACACGAUACGCCAAAUAACAGUAAAAAAAUACUAGAAGGCAAAUAAAUCAGAGUUGACUGUUCAGACACAAGUCAAAUCAUUUACAAAUAUGGUCCAAAUUGGGUCUUGAAAUAUCCAAUUCGAUGUGCUUUUUGUCUGUUCAGACUGCAGAAAAAAAGAAUAUAUUAAAAUCAGAUAUGCAUUUUUUUUUGUCUCUUCAAACCAGUGUGAACAAGGCUUAAUAAGAUGCAAUUAAUAUGGAGCAGCCUGAUUUUGAGCUCAGCUUGAACUAUCAAAACUGCAAACUCAGCCUAAAGGCAAAGGUCACUUAUCGCUUAUAUUUAAGGCAGGGGAGCAUAUUGACAUGGCGUCCAUAUUAAAUGUACCAAUUAAUUAACUUCAAAUCACUCCAUAUGUGUUUCUUUAUUUACGUGAUGCCUAUACAGUUGGUGUAAAUGAUUUACACUGUACAUAUCCCAUUAUGUGUUUUAUAUUGCUAUGCCCUGUCUAAGCUGGGAGGGAGGCUACUUACUAAGCAAUAUGGAAUUGCUUUAAGCAGGUCAUACCAUGGAACAUUUUGUUGCUUGUUUUCGAAUUAGAUUUUUUUUUAUAUAAAAAUGAUUUGAUGAAGAAGAAAGCACUGGCCUUACUGCUAUUAGCCCAUACAAACACAUUGAUUCACUACAUGGAACAGAUAGUCCCCCACCAAAGAAAUAUAAAGGAAGUUUGUCCUAUACCUUUAACAUACAAGAAAAAUCUGGAAACAUUUUUACAUGUAUUUAACGCUAUAUUUUUGGCACUAAACAUACUCCAUCCUUAUAUGUUAAAGGUAUAGGACAGACACUUAAGAACAAACUUCCAUACAUGUAUAUGUAUAGUAUGUUUAGUGCCAAAAAUAUAGGGUUAAUACAUGUAAAAAUGUUUCCAGAUUUUUCUUAUAUGUUAAAGGUAUAGGACAGACACUUAAGAACAAACUUCCAUACAUGUUUUCGACUGGUACCGGGGGACAUUCAGACAAGUCUUGUGAGGCCUGUGGAAAUCCUACAAAAACAACCCAUAUGUAUGUGUUCGUGAGAGUCUCACCUUU